GUUGUUGGAAGUGUUGUGAUUUGGAUUGGCUGCAACUGCGAUCAACAAUGUUGAGGAGGAGUUCUCUUACCUCCUUCUGUUCCAAAUUCCUUAAUUCCCAUUCUCACAACCUUAAUUAUCUUCGUUCCUCUUCUUCUUCUUCUUCCUCUUCCUCUUCCAAUUCCCAUCUCAUCGCUUCUUCUGCAACUGCACUCCACAUCGCUUCCGCUUCACCCUCCAAAGCCACCACCGAUGUCGUUUCGUUCACCCGCCACUAUGGAAGGUGCUAUUGGGAACUCUCCAAGGCCCGUCUCAGCAUGCUCGUGGUUGCAACGUCUGGGACUGGAUUUGUCUUGGGGAGUGGUAGUGCUGUUGAUCUGUCGGCACUUUCUUGGACUUGCUUGGGUACUAUGAUGGUUGCUGCAUCUGCUAACUCUUUGAAUCAGGUAUUUGAGAUCAACAAUGAUGCUAAAAUGAAGAGAACAAGUAGAAGGCCACUACCUUCAGGACGCAUCACAGUACCUCAUGCUGUUGGCUGGGCCGCCUCUGUUGGUAUAGCUGGUACGGCUCUGCUAGCAACACAGACUAAUAUUUUAGCUGCUGGGCUUGCUGCUUCCAACCUGAUUCUGUAUGCAUUUGUAUAUACUCCCUUGAAGCAGAUUCAUCCUGUAAACACAUGGGUGGGAGCCAUUGUUGGCGCUAUUCCACCACUUAUGGGAUGGGCUGCAGCUUCUAAUAGCAUUUCACUAAAUGGAAUGAUUCUUCCAGCUGCUUUAUAUUUUUGGCAGAUACCCCAUUUUAUGGCCCUAGCUUAUUUGUGUCGCGAUGACUAUGCUGCAGGAGGGUUUAAGAUGUACUCUCUUACUGAUACAUCUGGGCUGAGAACAGCAGUUGUGGCUUUAAGGAACUCUAUAUAUCUAAUCCCUUUGGGGUUCUUGGCUUAUCAUUGGGAUGUGACUUCUGAAUGGUUUUGUCUCGAGUCCACUGUACUUACACUUGCAAUAAGCGCUGCAGCAUUUUCAUUCUAUAGAGACCGUACCAAAGAAAAAGCAAGGAGAAUGUUCCAUGCCAGUCUUCUUUAUCUCCCUGUGUUUAUGUCUGGGCUUCUGAUUCACCGUCGUUCAGAUAACCAGCAAUUCUUAGAAGACAAUGCAAAUGGUUUUGUGAAAUCUGCAUCCUCUGUGGAAACUCUAGAGUUGGAUGAUGAAAAUGGUAAUCCGAUCAAGGCUAGGCGUCCUAAUCGGACUCAAGUGCGUCCUCCUGUAGCGUAUGCUUCUGUUGCUCCUUUUCCCUUUUUGCCUGCUCCUUCAUAUAACUUCCCUUGAUAAGUUAUCGGGUAUACGGAUUUUGUAUGGCUUUAACAUUUUCUCGACCAAGUUUUGGUUGAUUUGAUAUAUUCAUUGAAAUUAUAUUCUCAUUGGCCUGUCUGAGCCGUUAAGGUUGUUUUUAUAUGCCACAAUGAAAAUUGAAGACGCAUCAGUAAUCUGAAAUAAAUGAGAAUUUGUUCUGCAUAGUGUAUAAUAUACAUUCAGAUCA